AUGUCAACAACAGAGAACACAACAACAAUUCAAACAACAGCACCAAACUCGUUAGUCAUGAAUCCAACAUCUAUGUUAGUAGAAAUGAAAAGCUUCAUUCCUUCUUCAUAUACUUUCGAAACAGAAAUACAAAGAAUAAAGCAGGAACUUUUAACAAGUAAUUUAGACUGUAGUGCGAAAGAUGAAACAAAUGAACAGUAUCUUUAUGAAAUGGAGGACCUCAUCGACCAUUUGCCUAAACUACCUGAAAUUCAGCAGCAAAAACUAACUAUUCCUGAAUUCGACGAAAUUGAAGUCAAAGCAACUGACUCAGUAGAAAUAAAGAAGUUCAUACGAAAGGUAAAUUAUGAAUUCCUUGGUUUUCAUUGCAACCAUAAAGUUAUGGACAAAGAUUGCGACAUGGUAUAUAAGAACAUCUCUGACAUAUAUAAAUCUGGGGAGUUUAAGACACACGACAACUUUGUUUCAUUAGCUGCAAAAUGUGUAUGGCAGAUAAGAGAUAAAGACAGAAGAGGUAAGGUAUGGAAUGAACAGAUAAAACCAACUGCUUCAGAUUUAAAGAAAACUAUUGACGCCUUGGUUGUUUUAGCAGGUAAGGUUUCAGAAUAUAACGCAAAAACUAUCCAACAGCAGAAGAUUUCCUUCUAUCUGACGUCAAGAAGAAGUAUAAAGAAACCUUCGGCAUUGUUAAAACAUUCGAUGUACUAA